AGUGCGGAGACUUUUCACUGUCUGUGGCUCUGGAAAGUUCAGUAUAGCCUCGACCUUAGUAGCCAGUGGGCGAAUGCCCUUGCAGUCAAUAGUGUGACCCAGGAAGUCGAAAUUCUACACCAAUCAGAUACCUCGUCGUCCGUUCGCUGGAAGAUGACACUGUAGUCGCUAUCCCAAACACUUGGGUUAUGCGAAGUGGUUUAUGUGCGUACAGCAGCACAGAAAACCAUCUAGAGCCUAUGUUUACCGGGGCUGGAUGGUCAGUAUUUCAAUUCCGUCAACUGCAGGAAUUUGAUACGUAUGAGAACUGUAAAAAGGGUGUAGAGCUUUUGAGAAGCAAUGAUCAAGGCACCAGGAAUGUAGACAUGGACGAUGAUAGGUUGCCAAUGCCUAGUAAGAGACCGAAAAGGGAUGCCAAGAAAAAUGAUAAAAAUUUCCUUUACAACUCAAUGGAUAUUGAUGUAGCCGCCAGUGAGGUUGGUUGCGUCAAACCACAAUAUCCAGAUUAUAACAUAUUUGAUGACUUCGUGGCCUCAAUUCCAAGUACUUCGGGUGCCCCCAUAUUCCAGUCUUCAUCUCCUAUUAGCAAAAAGACGUGUGUGUGUGUGUGUGUGUGACCGAUUGGCGUCUAACGAAUAUGCUACUGAAUCCUCAGUUAAGAAAUUACUCGAUACAAAUAUGGAAGUCAUUAACCUGUGCACGAAAAUAUUGAACAUUGUGACUACUGACAGAAAAUCUCGACAGCAAACCUACCCUCCAGCAAACGGGGACUUAACACUGCAGUUUCCGAUCGAGAAUGAAGACCAGUUAGAGAUGCUGGAAGC